AUGAAUUUUAAAGUAAUAUUAUUUGAAGUUUUUCUUUUAUUAUUCACAAAAUUACAAUUUUAUGAAGCCGUAACAUGUAAUGGUGUUAUUACAAUCGGUAAUGCAUGCUGUGGUAAUCAAGGCUACUCUACAUUAAUUCAAACUUGUUGCAAUGGUGUUGUUAAGACCGGUAACGCAUGCUGUGGUGGUCAAGGCUACUCUACAUUAUUUAAUAGAUGCUGCAAUGGUUUUAUUACGACCGGUAAUGCAUGCUGUGGUAAUCAAGGCUACUCUACAUUAAUUCAAACUUGUUGCAAUGGUGUUGUUAAGAUCGGUAAUGCAUGCUGUGGUGGUCAAGGCUACUCUACAUUAUUUAAUAGAUGCUGCAAUGGUUUUAUUACGACCGGUAAUGCAUGCUGUGGUAAUCAAGGCUACUAUACAUUAUUUAAAACAUGUUGUAAUGGUGUUAUUAGAUUUGGUUAUAUAUGCUGA